UCGUAGCGAAAGAGUGGAAGUGGUGAGGUGGAGAAGGUAAAAGCCGCAAGGGAAGGGGACUAUAAUGGGACUGACUCCAGCAUACCGUAACGGCACGCUAAGAAGAAUACACCACGACCAUCGCACUAGAAAUGGAGAAAAUGGGAAUUGAGUGCUGGGGGAAUAGUAAGAACUGUCUAAGUGAGACGUUAGUGUUCCUACAUGCUUAUGGACGGAAGGGAAUGCUGUCUACAGCCAUACUCUACUGGGCAGAGAGAUCUACAUGGGAACUCAAUGUGGAGAUAAGGUCACCGCGGUUCACAGGCCAGGGUUGGCUCGCGUUUCCAGCACUUCGUGCCGCAUAUAAACACGUGCAGUUGGAACUUGAGUUCCGUCCGGAGGCCUGGGACGGUAUUUUACUUCUGACGGGAGAACGCGAUGACAUGGCGGGGGACUUCAUGGCCCUGCUCCUGCAUCAGGGAUUCGUCGAGUUCAGGUUUGACUGCGGCUCGGGUCUGGGAGUGGUUCGAUCUGAAGAGACGGUAUUGCUGAACCAAUGGAACCGGCUCACUUUGUAUCGCCACCGCUGGGACGCCUGGAUCCAGCUGAACAAUGGCAAACAUGUGGAAGGACGCUCCAAAGGCCUGUUUUCGCGCAUCACGUUUCGGGAGCCACUCUUCGUCGGCGGUCCGGGUAACACGACUGGACUUGCUGAGAAGCUGCCCACAGAGGAUGGGCUGAGAGGUUGCAUUAGGCACCUGGAAGUGAAUGACCAUGUCUAUAGGUUCAACAUUGCGCCCCUCGGGGACUCAGUCAAGGGAUUUGAUGUCGAGGAGUGCAGCGCCGAUCGAUGCAGCAAGGUUCCCUGUCAACAUGGGGGCAAGUGCCUCACCUCUGGAGAAACAGCAGUGUGCCUAUGCCCCCUCGGCUUCGCAGGGGAUCUGUGUGAGACGAGGGUCGAUCUGCAGGUUCCCUCUUUCAAUGGAUCAAGCUACCUUAGGUACCCUGGUCUCGGGGGAUCAGCGCUGUCCUGGCUUGACCUGCAGUUAACUCUGAAGCCUAUUGCUCAAGAUGGGGUCAUUCUGUACAAUGGGCAUCGUUCGGAUGGAGUCGGCGAUUUCAUGGCUGUGUACAUGAGCGAUGGUCACCUCGAGUUCACCUUUGAUCUGGGCACUGGCGUUGCCACCAUCAGGAGUGGUGAGCCAGUGACUCUGGGUGAGUGGCAUGAGUUGCGGCUGUCACGGACAGGUCGCCUUGCCAUUCUGCAGGUGGAUAGCAUGGCUCCAACACAAGCUAUGGCCCCUGGUGCCUUCACACAGCUUUCUCUCCCUCAGAACCUGUACAUUGGUGGAGUACCAAACUUUGAUAUGGUGUCACCAAAAGUGAGGGUCCGGACAUCCUUUGUGGGCUGUAUUCAGAAGGUGGUAAUCAACAACCAGCCACUGCAGAUUUUAGCAGCCGCCCUGGGAGGUGUGAAUGUAGACAACUGCCCUCACCCUUGUGUCACUCGGCCAUGUGGAGAUGAGGGUCGUUGUGUGCCUGAGAUGGAUUACUUCACGUGUGAAUGUGCACAAGGCUAUCAUGACACACAGUGCCAGCAGCAUGCUGCCCCUACCAUGCUACAGGACAUACCAAUCCCGAGAUUUGCUGGAAACAGCUACCUCCACUAUAGUGAUCCAGACACUAUGCGCAGGAUCAUCAGCUACAAGAUUAACAUCAACAUGAGAUUCCGAACUACCUCCUCUAUGGGUCUUCUUCUCUGGAGUGGACGUUGCAACAUGUCUGCGGCGGGGGAUUUCCUGGCCCUUGGUAUUGCAGAUGGUUACCUCCAUUUCAGAUUCAACUUAGGCAGUGGAGAAGUCACCAUACCAUAUAACUUUACACAAGUUGAUGAUGGCCUUUGGCACAGAGUGAAGGCAGUCAGAAAUGAACAGGAAGGAUCAGUGACAGUUGAUAAUGGCACAACAGUCACCAAGCGAUCGCCCGGCAAACUCAGACAGCUAAACACCGAUACUGGUCUUUAUAUAGGUGGAAUGGAGAAUAUAGAUCAUGCUUCACAGAACAAAUAUAAAAAUGGUAUGGUUGGCUGUAUCUCAGACCUUAUCUUAGAUACAGACUACCACGUGAAGCUUGUGCAAAUGUCAACAGCAGGCAAGAACAUCAAACACUGUGGCUAGGAAUAAAUAUUGAAACAAGGCAUAGUGAAAACACAUGCAUUCAUUGUGCCUAAACUGCAUUUCAGUGGAUCUUAAUUUGAUAUUGUCUAAAGCAUUUAAGAAAAACUUUUGAAAAGUGAUCUUCACCCAUUCAUGUCAAUUUGUAGUCCUAGCUUGUUUCCAUUCUUUGGCAGUGACAGUGUAUUCUGGUGAGCUGGCUUUCCUGACAUUUUGAAGAACUUGCUGUCUCCAUCUUCAAAGAAGAAUGACCUGACUUCAUUGGGCCACUGUUUAGUCAUUUUGUAUUGAAGAGAGAGAAAUCCAGAUGCUUGAAAUGUCAGAGUAAUCACGGAGGAAUGGAAACAAGAGUAUGUUUGGACAGUUCAUCGUUGUUUAUGUGGAAGGAGGUGAUGUUUGCCUUACUGAUACUUUCAAGUUGAAUGAUCAUGUAACUCUUUACUUGUAUGGUACAGAAAGUAAGAAAGUCUGGCACUAUUUAAAGGUUAAUACAAGAAAAACAUGGUCAAAUGAUCCUCUGAAAUGUUUCCUUAUCCUUAUUGAUUGUCUCAGUAACCAGAAUCACUAUUUGUAUCACAUUCUUUGGCCUACUCAGUGGGAUAUCAUACACUGGGUAUCAACUAGAACGAGCAUACAAAGGCCCCGCAAAACAGAUGGUUCAACUGUAUGCUGCUAUAAUCCAGCUGCAGCACACUAAAUGCUUCACAUAACCUUUUGCUGUGUUGCUCUCUUCAGCAGCAAUACUUUUUCCUACACUCUGAAUUUUGUAGCUACAGUGGUCAUGCCAUUCAGAGCCUUCCAUGUGAGAAAGGUAAAUCUUUCCCUAAUGAACCAUAUCUUUUAGGAGUUAAUAUUUCUAAAUAAACAAUUUAUAUACCUUUUUAGAUUGUAAUUAUAACACCUGAAUGUUGCAUAAAAAUGAACUAUUCUAAACCAUUCAGUAUUUGCAUUCAUUACACUGAAAGCAACUUCAUCAUCAGUGGCUACAUUUUAACAUAUCAGUGUAUAUCUAAUUUAACACUGCUGCCAAGGUCUGUGAAACUGGUGCUGCUUGUAUAAUCUCUGGUGACAGUUCUGUUAGUACUGCCUAUAUUGAAUACUUCUGAUAGUAACAAUUUUUUGUUGUCUGAAGUUUCUCAUUUGCAAUGAUUUUACAGGCAAAAUUCACUUAAAUUUCAAUUUCCUUGCUUAAACUGUGAGAACAGAAUUUGUAAAUUCAAGCACUGAAUCAUGAACAUAAAAUAGGUAAUAAAUGGAAAUACUUAUGUAUGAAAUAGAUCACUAAAUGUGCAGAUUUUAUAACAAAGUGCUUUUUGUGAUGUCCCUCUCCAUUGCCUGGCAUGGAAGUACAGUCUUCUCAACACAUAUUAGUAUAAUAGAUUAGUUUAUACAAUGUACUCUUAUUCAUGCCAUACUUGUUCUAAUCUGUUGAAAGAUACAUGAAAAAAUGCCAACUGCAAGAUCUCAUCAGGCACAAGAAACUCAAUAUGAAUUUGGUAAAAGUUGCUUUACUUCCACAUAAACAAUUAAAUAUCUAAUAAAAUUACAUUGCAUUGGAAAUGAGAAGUAUGAAGCUAAUCUUGAGUAUGUUCUGCAGAUAACAUUAGUUCCGCAUAAGAUAAAUAUAUGCUUGUGAACAAAUUUGUGACAUAGAAGUUUGGAAACCCAGUACCUCAUCGUGAAACUUCAAAUUGUGGACCAAUUUGAUAAGUGUAUUAAACCUCAAGUAUACUGAAAUUUAUAAAAUUUAUAGAAACACAAAUUAAUCUUGCCAGAUAUUUAUAUGGGACAUCUACUGGAAUAGUGACUGUUUUCUAGAGAUUGCAUCUCGUUUUUGAAAUUCAGUUUAGGCAUUCUGAAACUGCCAUGUCUGCAGGGAUUUGAACACCUGCCUGCUGGACCAAUGGUGCAUUACCGAAGAUUUUUCUACGUCCAUCUGACCAGUCUUUGAGCAAGUAAAUACACUCUGCAUUUAAAUUUUGUGUGGUAAAAUCAUAUCUGGCAAUAUCUGCAGACACGAGCAUGGCAAUAUAGAUUUUUAUUAUGUUGAGAGAUAGUAGUUAUGUUGUACAGAUGUAAGAACAAUAUUCUUCUAAGUCUGACUGAACUAUUCUGUAAUUUAUAAAACAAAUAUUGAACUUUUAUAAAUAGAUUCAUCAUUGUGAAUCAGAUACUUUAUAUCCAGUGAAUGAAAGAUGCGAGUGAAUUUAUCAGUAUGGGAUAUUUUUGUGUGUACGUCAGUAGGUAUAAAAAUGGCAACCUUGUGUUUUUCUAGUGUACUGUACAAAGCUAUAAAAUUGACAGGCAGAAAUUAUGUAAACUGUGGUGGGAUUAUAUUCAACUUUUCUAAGUGCUUUAUAGAAGAUGUUGUCUUCUAACUUAGCGGCCUCA